GCGAGAAGAGAGAGAGCGUCAGGUUCUGCGAUCAUACUAUCAGCGACUACACAUAUAUUACGAUCCAUCCAAAUCCAGUGUAGCAAACAACGAAGGAAGCUUCGCUGUAGCAACCGAAAAAGAUCGAAGAAAUGACUCUGGCUUUCGCAGCAUUGACCUUACGCUUAUCACCAAUGGGAUCUUGGAAGCUCAUCCCUCGCUGUUCACUCUUGCUUUCCAUGCAGACCACCACUCCUUCCUUCUCUCGCCAGAUGAGCAUGGAUGCAAAAAGUGUUGCUUCACAGCUUAAUAGUUCUGGUCUGUUGCGGACUCAGGGCCUUGUUGGAGGCAAAUGGAGUGAUGCCUACAAUGGCAAAACCAUAAAGGUUUAUAAUCCAGCAACUGGUGAAUCUAUAGCAGAUAUUGCAUGCAUGGGUGGAAGAGAGACGAACGAUGCGAUAUCCUCAGCCUAUGAUGCAUAUCAAUCUUGGAGCAAAACCACUGCUGCUGAGAGGGGUAAACUUCUGAGAAAAUGGUAUGAUUUGCUAAUGGCACACAAGGAAGAGCUUGCAAAACUUAUAACCUUAGAGCAAGGAAAGCCUCUUAAAGAAUCUAUUGCUGAGGUAAAUUAUGGGGCUAGUUUUAUUGAGUUUUCAGCAGAGGAGGCAAGGCGCGUAUAUGGAGAUAUAAUUCCUGCACCACUAUCUGAUCGACGAUUAUUUGUUUUAAAACAGCCUGUAGGGGUUGUUGGUGCUAUCACACCUUGGAACUUUCCUUUGGCUAUGAUUACCCGAAAGGUCGGUCCAGCCCUUGCAUGUGGCUGUACAGUGGUCGUUAAGCCCUCUGAACUUACUCCUCUCACAGCUUUGGCUUCAGCAGAGCUUGCGAUUCAAGCUGGAAUACCAGCGGGUGUUGUGAAUGUAGUCAUGGGAAAUGCUCCUGAGAUUGGGGAUGCUAUACUUGCAAGUCCACAGGUAAGGAAAAUCACAUUUACCGGCUCAACUGCGGUUGGAAAAAAGUUGAUGGCAGGUGCUGCUGGAACAGUUAAAAGAGUAUCUCUGGAACUUGGUGGCAAUGCCCCUUGCAUAAUAUUUGAUGAUGCUGAUCUUGAUGUGGCAGUAAAAGGAACUGUUGCAGCAAAGUUCCGUGCUAGUGGACAAACAUGUGUAUGUGCAAAUAGAAUUCUAGUGCAAGAAGGUAUCUAUGAGAAAUUCGCAACUCUUCUCCUUGAUGCUGUUAAGGAUAUGAAAGUUGGGGACGGUUUUAGUGAAGGUGUGGUUCAGGGACCUCUAAUCAAUGAAGCUGCUGUGCAAAAGGUUGAAUCUUUACUUCAUGAUGCCAUCUCUAAGGGGGCAAAAGUAAUUCAAGGGGGCAAAAGACACAGCCUUGGAUUAACUUUUUAUGAACCUACAGUCGUCACUGAUGUCAACAACGAGAUGCGCAUAUCAAGAGAGGAAGUAUUUGGACCAGUUGCUCCUCUGUUGAGAUUUAAAACUGAGGAGGAGGCUAUCAAAAUCGCCAACGACACUAACGCAGGGUUGGGUUCAUAUAUCUUUACAAACAAUGUUCAACGCUCUUGGCGUGUUGCUGAGGCUCUUGAAUACGGACUCGUCGGUGUAAAUGAAGGAAUAAUUUCAACAGAGGUUGUUCCUUUUGGCGGUGUUAAACAGUCUGGCCUUGGAAGAGAAGGCUCCAAAUAUGGCAUGGAUGAAUAUUUGGAGAUCAAAUAUGUCUGCUUGGGAAACAUGAACAAAGACUGAACUGCAAGGCAUUGUCGUGUUCCGAUUCCAAGGUAUGAUCAUGGGCAAUGGUGAAUAAGCUUUUCAAAUGCAUUUGGAGAGUUUGGAAGAGGGUGUGAUUCUUGUGUGUCGCCAUUGCAGAGGAAGCAUGCAGAAGCAUCGCCUGUGUGUAUAUAAAUAAGUGCAGGCUGGGAAUGUACUUUUGGACUAAUUUACGUCUUGUCAGUAUCUUUUCUUCUGCAAUGUUACCUCUGAGGCACUUUGUACGAACAAGCUUCUCGCAAGUUUUUCGCCCUUCUCUUUUCUCUUGCAUUCAUGUUUGAGGGACGUGAAGCUGAAAAUGCUGCAAAUUGUUGCAACUUUUACUGUGACAUGGUUGUCAUUGUUUU